AUGUCAUACCAUUUUAACAACUUUUUUAACACGAUUGCUUCAAAAUUAUCCUACGAAAUUCCGAAUUAUAAAUUUAACUAUCAUAAGUACCUGACCAAUCCUACUAGCAACUCUUUUUAUAUGCAACCAUUAAUGAAAGAGAAAACUCUUGAUUAUACAAAUUCCACUACUAUAGAAGGGAGGAGUGUUGGACCAAAUAGGCUUCCAACAAAACUUUUUAAACUGGUAUCAGGAACUCUAUGUAAACCAAUUAGUAUUAUUUUAAACAAUUCAUUUCGCAAAGGAACAUUUCCCGAUGCCUUAAAGCUAGCUCAAAUUAUUCCGAUUCACAUAAAAGAAUCUACAAUUGACUGCACUAACUAUCGUCCAAUAUCUCUUCUUACUAAUGUAAGCAAAGUAUUUGAAAAAGUUAUGCAUAAUAAACUAUACAACUUUCUAAACUAA